GUCGUCUACAUGUCGAUAUUAGAUACUAUUUUGAGCGAUAAAAAGUCUUGUGACACGAUAGAUGCGUUGUAUACAACCGCGAUCAAGAAUAUUGCGAUUUCCGUCGCGCGAGCGGCCCUCGGGACGAUCGAAACAUUUGUGCGGGAAUAGAGUCGCAUCGGAAUUUUUAUCCCGAGGUCGGGCUCGACCUAGCUUUAACGUCGCCAGCGAAUGUUUACAUUCCCGAUUCGUCGUUGACGCGUAUAUCGGAGCACCAGGUGCAAUAAUGGGUAAUGCGGGGAGCAAUCAGCCUGUCGGGCAUCAUCAUGGCACCACAGUAAGCAGGGAGCACCGACACAGCAAGGAUCAUCCGCCACCUUCGCCGGGAAAGGAAGGCCAAGCAUUCGUCUUCGACAAGAAGCCCAGCCAGAAGCUCGUGUUUCAGUCCUCUCACGAGGAAGAAGAGCCGUACUUUGCCAAAAGCGGCCAGCAGGACGGAGAUGACUUUGGAUCGCAGCGACCGAGGUCUAAUACAGUGUCCGAGGGAACAAAAGUUGCAGACAGCAAGGUGCUACCGACCGUUUUCAAGUGGGAAGGAGGCGGAAAGCAGGUGUACAUUAGCGGGACGUUCACCGGAUGGAAAACGUUGCCGAUGGUGAAGAGCCACGGAGAUUUUGUCACGAUAAUUGACCUGCCGGAGGGAGAACAUCAGUAUAAGUUCUUCGUCGACGGGGAAUGGAGGCACGAUCCCGGGCUGAAAAUUGUGGACAAUGGCAUGGGCUCCAAGAAUAAUUUAGUUUCUGUGAGGAAGUCGGACUUUGAGGUAUUUCAAGCUCUCGCGAAAGACAGCGAGGGCGUUACUAGUAGUACUCAAACGGAGUACGGACAGGAAAUACCACCGCACAAGCCCUGGGAGAAGAUAACCGGCCCGCCUAUCUUGCCGCCGCACCUGUUGCAAGUUAUCCUUAACAAGGACACACCGUUAUCCUGCGAGCCUACUCUUCUACCUGAACCAAAUCACGUUAUGCUGAACCAUCUUUAUGCUCUGAGCAUUAAAGACAGCGUGAUGGUCCUGUCGGCCACGCAUCGUUAUCGCAAAAAAUAUGUCACAACUUUGCUGUACAAACCGAUUUAAAUGUUAAGUCAUUCCCGUGUUUGUUGGUGCUGUACAUUUUUUAUCUACCGCGGGAUAACAGGUGCCCCGAGUGACGCGACAUUGGUGCGUAAAGUUUUUACGAGCUUCUUUGAGGCAAGGUAGAAAGAUUAUAAUAUCCAGGAAUAAUGAUUGUUUCGUCGCUACGUUUAUUAUACCUCAGUCAUGUGUAUGAUAAUGUAAUUACUAUUUAUUAAAGCAAGAUAUUUUAUA